CGGAGUAGCUUUGUCCAGAGCUCAUUUUGAAAAGCAGCCACCCUCCAACUUGAGGAAAUCCAAUUUCUUUCACUUUGUUCUGGCUCUCUACGACAGACAGGGGCAGCCCGUGGAAAUAGAGAGGACAGCUUUUGUGGACUUUGUAGAAAAUGAUAAAGAGCAAGGCAAUGAAAAGACGAACAACGGCACGCAUUACAAACUCCAACUCCUUUACAGCAACGGUGUCAGGACUGAACAGGAUCUGUAUGUUAGACUCAUCGAUUCGGUCACUAAGCAGCCCAUAACUUACGAAGGACAGAACAAGAAUCCCGAAAUGUGUAGAGUUUUGCUUACCCAUGAAGUCAUGUGCAGUCGGUGCUGUGAGAAGAAAAGUUGUGGCAACAGAAAUGAGACUCCAUCUGACCCCGUGAUCAUUGACAGAUUCUUCUUAAAAUUUUUUCUCAAGUGCAAUCAGAAUUGCUUGAAAACAGCAGGAAACCCAAGAGAUAUGAGACGGUUCCAGGUUGUGCUAUCAACAACAGUGAAUGUUGAUGGGCACGUACUGGCAGUGUCUGACAACAUGUUCGUUCACAACAACUCCAAGCAUGGGCGGAGAGCAAGGAGGCUCGACCCCUCAGAAGCCACACCGUGCAUCAAAGCCAUCAGCCCGAGUGAAGGUUGGACUACGGGGGGAGCGAUGGUGAUCAUCAUUGGAGACAACUUUUUUGACGGGCUGCAAGUUGUAUUUGGGACCAUGCUUGUAUGGAGUGAGCUUAUCACGCCUCACGCCAUUCGAGUUCAGACACCUCCACGUCACAUUCCCGGAGUGGUUGAAGUGACAUUAUCAUACAAAUCCAAACAGUUUUGCAAAGGCGCACCGGGCAGGUUUAUUUACACAG